AUGGUGGGUCUGCUGGUGAAGCCGGAAUUACCGAAGUUGGAUGUAGACUCGAGCUUGGAUGCGGACUCGAAUCGUUAUUAUAAUUAUAUCUCGAACGGGGCGGAUACUUUUCAUGCCCAAAUUCACGACGACGUCUUGGAGAACAUAUUACGUUUGGUUCCGUACUGUAUACGCGAUCGGUUCUAUCAUUGUACGGAGGAUCUGCUGUUCGAGAUCAAAGAUAGAUACACCAGAGAUAUCAAGAAAGCAAUAUUACAGUUCGCCCUGCAAGAUUCUCUGCAGGAACAGUCGCAGAAGGUGGAUGCGUAAUAAAUCUAUGAAAUUCGUCUCGAUGAUUCGAAAGAUAUCAAAAUGAUUGAAAA